AUGUCGACCACCACCAACAGAGACGACCAACAAUCAAUUCACAACUCUACGCGGACUCUCCGCAGUUCGCAAACUAGUAUUGCUGAAACACCGGAAGACCGUUUAUCCUUCAAUGACGAACUGGACGAGCUCUGGACUAGAUGCCGAAGUCUCGUUGACUCUCUCCAUCUCCGCUUCAUACAUCCUACUCAUGUAGCUCUCUGUCUCCUCUAUGACGGACUUCAAAGCGUAUAUGACCCUCGCUUCUAUGACAUUUCGACUCCUCAGACCUGGGCCCUAGAGCGACCGCUUUUCUGGAUAGCUAUAUCGAAAGUCUAUGCUUCAGAACUUUCAGACUCCCUCGACGACCACAUCCAGAAGGCAACCUUCCCUGAUGAGCCAGCAUCUACCCCUAUUCAGAAGAAGAUCGCAGAUGACCUGUGGGCCAGAACCAAAACUCUCAACGAUGACCGCACUCAGCCUACUGAGGAUCGAGAUAGCGAAAGAGCUACAGGAUUCCAACAAUCGACAGAGGAAGGAGGGAUACGUGGUCUUCUUGAAAGCUCGAAGUUUGGCAUCAGCGCGGAUGCUGUCAUUGAGAUAACCCGACGCUUGAGGCAAAAGAAGGUAGAAGAGCAAAUGUCAAAGCCGAAAUUCGUUAUGUUGAGCCAGUUUGCGGUUGAGGACACUCGAUUGAUCAAAGAGAAGUUAGACAGAGGCGAGCUCAUCGACCCGAUAGUUGGGAGGAAUCGUGAGAUCCGACGUUUAAUUUCGAUCCUGUCACGCAAGUCGAAGAAUAAUGCCGUCCUCCUGGGCGAUUCGGGUGUAGGAAAGAGCGCCAUAGCGGAGGGAUUAGCGUUGAGGAUUGUCUCGGGGAAUGUCCCCGAGUCUGUGCGUGCCCGCGUGUUCAGUCUGAAUUUAGGGGCUUUAUUGGCCAGCACUGCUUGUAAAUCUGCCUAUGAACAGAUCCUACAAUUGAUCCUGGACGAGAUCGCUGAACAUGAAUCAAUGGGUAUCAGCGCCAUCCUUUUCAUCGAUGAGCUCAGUCAGAUAACCAUCGGUGGUUAUCGAGGUGAUGGAAGCGGCAUGUAUACGUCUGUGAGCCAACUGUUUCCGAGACUUCCUGACUCUGCCAUUGAGUUGUUGGAUGAAGCCUGUACCAAUGUCAAGAUUAGCAAAGACGCGAAUUGGGAGCAGUUGGGCAAGUGGAGGAGACGUAAGGUAGCUAUCGAAAUGGAUAUCGAGUCAUUGGAGCGAGAAUUUGACGGUACAGGCGAUACGGAGCUGCAACGCAUGCAGGAGGAAUUGAAAAAUCUCGAAAUACAAAUUGAAAGCUGCAUUUCCUCUGCGAGAUCGUCGAGGCCGCUCGAGAAAGAGCUGGCUGAGAUUGAGCAGAGCAUCAGAAUACAAGAGAAGUCGAUUUUGACACGCGGACAGGCAGGGCAGUACAAAGAGAAGAAGGAAGAUGUUCAACAACUUAUGCGACUCAAAGAGAAGAAGAUCAUCGCGCAGCAAAAGCUCGAUCAAUCCAGAAUGGAGAUGGAAGCACAUAACAUGCUUACUCCAAGCGAGCCUCCACCUGUCUCGUCUAGUCCGGAAGAACUACCAGUCGUCACAAAACUUCAUGUGGUGGCACAACCUGAAGCUGUUGAAAGUAUCUCCAGCGCGGUCCGCUGUCUAUUGAGCGGGUUAACGGACCCUUCAAGACCAGUGGCGUCUUUUGUGCUUGGCGGCCCCUCAGGGUCUGGUCAAGUGCUUCUUGCCAAGGAGCUUGCAAGGUCGCUUCUCGGUUCAGCUGAGAAGCUCAUCUGUAUACAUGGCGUCGACUACGCCGACGCGCACGCGAUCUCACGCUUGGUUGGUACCCCCGCCUGUACUGGAUUUGACCAUGGUGGUCAACUUACCGAGUGCGUUAAACGGAAGCCUUUCUCCGUCAUCUUGAUACAGGACAUCGAGAAGGCAUCCCAGGAGUUUCGACUUCACAUUCAAAGAAUACUCGACGAGGGUACCUUAAGAGAUGGCGCAGGGAAGGUUAUUGACUUUACGAAUUGUAUAGUUAUAAUGACGACCAGCGUUGGUCAAGAGGGUGCCCUAGAAAUACAAACAGAGGAAGAAGAACGCAAGCAUUUUGUAAAAGAAGUGCAAGACUGGUUCCCUGUCGAAUUCUUUGCUCGAAUAGACGAACUAGUCAUCUUCCGUCGGGUGACAGCAGACAUGAUGUCAGCCAUUGUUGACUCCCGGAUCCGAGACCUCGAAGUCCACUUAUCUCACAUCAAACUCUUUUUGGAAGUGGAUCCUCAAGCAAAGUUGUACCUUGAAAUAUCAGGAUUGUCUCCGAACACUGGUGCACAAAGCCUGGAGCGAAUUAUAAGAUCUCAAGUCUUGCGGCCUCUUUCCUUGCUUUUUUUGAACGACGAGGUCAAGGAGAACUGGACAAUACGAUUGCGCUACGACGAAUUACAAGACGGGAUCAUCAUCGAGCCGGUUGAGCCAGAGCCAAACCCUCAAUUUACAUCAGAUCAGACAAUACCUACGGCAACGUCCCCCUCCUCAUCGCCAUCGUCGAGCACAUCUACUCUGGACGACUCUGACAAUGGAGAACAGGUGGGGCAGGGUGCCUCAGUGUUAUCUGACCGUGACGUGUUGCUGGCAAGCGAGCGAGGUGGUCAUCAUCGGGUAGUGGUGUCAUUAUUGGAAGCACCGACGAUGCAGCUGCAACCGCAAAGAGUUUUGUGGUCUUAG